UUGAAGUCCUUUCGGCCAAGAGGCCUACGAACAAGUGGAGCUGCAUGCCUCACAAAUCACAAUGGCAUUGAAACUAGUUUAUCUGCCAUUUCACACGGCCAAGAGGCCUACUGCUUCUCAAUCAAAGCUGGUGCAGUUCUCUUGCUCAAAGUCGUCGUCUUUUGUACAAAUUUUUCCAAAACACGCCAAGGAUUCAGGGCGGAGAAGGUCGUCUUUAGCGUGCGUGAAAUCGGAGGAUGACAAUGUUUCAGAUGCGGUGAACCAAUGGGGAAAGGUCUCUGCCGUGCUGUUUGAUAUGGACGGAGCACUUUGCAAUAGCGAGGAGUUGUCUAGAAGGGCAGCUGUGGACGUUUUUGCGGAAAUGGGGGUUCAGGCUACUGUUGAAGAUUUUGCGCCCUUUACGGGCAUGGGGGAAGUGAACUUCUUAGGUGGUGUUGCUAAUGUGAAGGCUGUUAAGGGAUUCAAUCCCGAUGCAUCAAAGAGGUUUUUUAAGAAAUAUUCAGAUAAGUAUGCAAAAUCAAAUUCUGGUAUAGAUUUUCCCGGUGCCUUUGAGCUUGUUGCACAGUGUAAAAGCAAAGGUCUCAAAGUCGCUGUUGCCUCAAGUGCUGAUCGUGUCAAGGUUGAUGCAAACUUAACAGCUGCUGGUUUGUCAUUGACGAUGUUUGAUGCAAUUGUCUCUGCGGAUGCAUUUGAAAAUUUGAAGUCUGCUCCUGAUAUUUUUUUGGCCGCAUCAAAGAUUCUGAAUGUGCCCCCUAGUGAGUGUGUGGUCAUUGAAGAUGCAUUAGCUGGCAUACAAGCUGCCAGAGCAGCAAAAAUGGGAUGCAUAGCUGUGACCACUACAUUAGCAGAAGCUACUUUUGAAGCAGCGUCUCCGACUCUUAUCAGAAAGGAGAUAGGCAAUAUUCCAACUGAUGAUAUUCUCAAUGGUGGAUCCGGUUCCAAUGAGAUGAAGAUGCAGGCAUGUCAACCUAUCAGUUAUUAUGGACCAUCUUCAACUGAACCCAACAAUAAAGGGAUUACAUCUAUGCAGGAUAAAUACCCUUUUAUUGAUCCAAUCUUCUGGUUUGGAGGGUGCAGGGUAGCUAAUUUCAAAUCUAGGUGUUCAAUAACAAAUAUUGGUAUUCUUUCUGACUCAACUGAUGAAGAAGUUAAGGAGAAAUUUGAAUCUGCUGAUUGCAACUGUCCGGUUCCUGUUGUAAAUAUUAAAUCGGAUAUUCUGGAGAGUGAAGCGCUGAAUCUACUGGCUGAGGGAACAUAUGUGGAUACUCUUUUGACAACACUUCCUGUCUUAUCAAAAGAGGAGCAGCAUACUAUUGCUUCAACUCCUGCUCAUCCAGCAGGGUUAUAUGCUUUAUAUGCCAGUUGCCUGGCUGGAAACUUAGUAGAACAGCUUUGGAAUUUUGCCUGGCCUGCUACUAUUGCAUUGCUUCAUCCAAGCCUUCUUUCUGUUGCAACAAUGGGUUUUGUUGCUAAGGUGGCUGUCAUUGUGGGAGGUCCAGUGGUUGGCAAGCUUAUGGACCAUUUUCCCAGGGUACCUGCAUUUAAUUGUUUAACACUUGUUCAGGCAGUUGCUCAGUUGUUGUCAGUUAGUGUGAUCAUUCAUGCCCACAGCUUCCAUGCUACAUCUUCAUCCUUCAUUAUUUUUCGGCCAUGGUUUGCUGUACUUGUUCUAGCCGGGGCUGUUGAAAGGCUAUCUGGACUGGCUCUUGGGGUUGCUGUGGAACGUGAUUGGGUUGUUUUGUUAGCUGGUACCAGUCGGCCAGUUGCUCUUGCUCAAGCAAAUGCUAUUCUUAAUCGAAUUGAUGUCUCAUGUGAGGUUGCUGGAGCAGCACUAUUUGGCUACUUUCUGUCCAAAUAUGAACCUGUAAAAUGCUUAAGGCUUACCGCCACAUUGAUGAUAGGAACAUUGCCUAUUGUGAUCCUCUCAACAUGGCUAACCAACAAACUUUCUUCUGGGGUUCUUGACCGUGCCAAAUCUGUUCAAACUUGUUGCACUUGUCACUCCAGUGAUUCUUUGCUUGAAUCUGAAACUAUAGUGGGAAUGAGUAUAGAAGCCAUCAAGCAUGGAUGGGUUGAAUAUAUCCAGCAGCCUGUUCUUCCAGCAAGCAUCGCCUCUGUGUUACUUUACUUCAAUGUUGUUCUUGCACCUGGUGGUUUAAUGACAGCAUUCUUAACACAGCGUGGCCUAAAUCCAACCAUCAUUGGGAGCUUUAGUGCAUUGAGUGCAUUCAUGGGCAUUGCAGCUACUUUUGGGUCUGCACAAAUGGUCAAGAGAUUUGGCAUUUUAAAGGCUGGAGCAGCUUCCCUGAUAUUACAGGCAUCACUUUUAAGCUCCGCUGUAGUUGUCUAUUUGACUAUAUCUCUUACAAGGCAAACUCAACUUAUGUUUUUCUUGGGUCUGAUAGUGCUAUCACGAUUAGGGCACAUGUCAUAUGAUACUAUAGGGUCACAGAUUUUACAAACUGGAAUCCCAGCAUCUAAAGCAAAUCUUAUUGGGACUACAGAGAUUUCCUUUGCAAGCUUGGCAGAGUCCAUAAUGUUGGGGGUUGCUAUAAUUGCAAAUGACGUUUCACAUUUUGGAUUUCUAGCAACACUCUCUGUCCUAUCAGUAGUUAGUGCUGCUUGGUUAUACUGCAGAUGGUUGGCAAAUCCGACAGAUACACAAAAGAGCCUUUUCACUUUUGACCCACAGUUUUUAUAAUAUAAAUAGAGCUGCAAGUUUAGAGUCCAUGGAUUAUCUUUAUCUGCAUUCUCGUUGCGACCCAAGCAAAUGACAAAGGCCCAGUAUGCAGCAGUUUCAGAGAUGGUUAAUUUUGGCCUGCUGGGAGAUGGAAUGCUUAUGAAGCAUCAAUGCUUUUUGGAGUAUUGUGGCAGUUUGAGCAAUCUUUUUAUUCACCUAACACGUCCAGGUCCUCACUUACCGCCUUGCCAUCUAAUUUGAGAUUUAAAGGAGUUGUGGUAGAUGCCCGUCCCUGUACAUAGAGAAAAACACUUUGGGAGUUGGAACAUGGCACUUGAGAGGAGGCCGCAAGGCCCGCAAUACGCUGAGAUUUCUGAGUUGCUUUCUCUCACCUGGGUUUAACCCCUACGCCAUCAUCCCGAAGCCCUUAGGCCGAUUUCCAUGUUGGCAUAUAUUUUUGGGGCAUUUAUGUCAAUUCCAGGUUUGGCCUUGAGCAUUGGUGAUCGGGCAAAAAGAGUAAAGCUUUGGUACCCUACAGGUGUUCUCUCAACAACAAGAUGAAUUAUUGGUCUCCAUAGCCAUAGGCAUCAUUGUGACAGAAGUAUUUAUAUAAUGAACAAAGUGCUGUAGAUGAGAAGAGAUCAUUAGUGACUUGGGGCUGCCCAUUGUUUGGUUGAAGUGGUUGAAGUGCUGAAUGCCUGAAUGUGUUAAAAUCAGGACAAAAAGAUGGCUGAAUAAGUUGAAAACACUUCUGCAAAUAGUUUGAUGAUCUAGAAAUGAAGACAGGAGUGUAAUUCCUUUCAUUAACCCAUUUCAGUAAAAAAAAAAACUUUUGCAUGUAUUAUUCUUGAUGCAUAAAUUAUCUCCACUGCACGGUUAUGGAGUAGAAAAAUGACAUUACAAGUACAAAUGAAUUUGCAAUGAAACGUUUUAGUGUUCUUUUUAACCACAUAUAUUGCAGAGUGCAGACAUGCAUUUGAGUUAAUUUGUGUGCUUU